GUUGGUCCAAGCUUUUCUCAGCCUUCCAGCUUUCUUUGACAUCUCGGUCAAUCUCAACCCUUUCAACUAUAUAAAUCCUAGCCCUCUCAAUUCUGGCAGUUUUCGCAUCACAACUUCAAUUCCAGCCAAAAGAUCACAACAAACACAAUGACUGAAAACUACGUCCCCCCUAAUCAGCAGCGCAAUCUUCGCGCAUGCAUGGUUUGCUCAAUCGUCAUGACCCAAAAUCGUUUCAUGCGAGAAGGGUGCCCCAAUUGCGAAGAUUUUCUCCAUCUGCAAGGAUCUAUGGAAGCGAUCAUCGACUGCACAUCUCAAGUCUUCGAAGGUCUCAUUACACUGGCCGAUCCAUCUAAAUCUUGGGUCGCGAAAUGGCAGCGGCUGGAUGGAUAUGUGAGAGGUGUUUAUGCAACAAAAGUCAAUGGACAACUACCGGAAGAAAUCGUCUCGACAAUGGAGGAAGAGGCGAGAGUCAAAUACAUUCCGAGAGAUGGAAGUGCUACUGAAGCGGAUUAAGAGAUUUGAGAGACGGUUUGCAAGCAAAUGUCAACUACUACACUUUUUGGGAUAGGAAUUUGGACUUGGGCAAAGGGUGCAUAAUGUUCGUAGCGCGAAGGAGUUCAAGGGCGUUUGGACAUGGUAUUGGAACAACUAUAAAGAAAUGAGAUGAGGAAAAUCUCUGAAGCGCCUGAUUGAAUCAAAUCAUAUCAAUCGCCCGAUAUAUUAUAACAAGUUUAAUUUCACACCCAUUUGUAGAAGAAUGUAGACUUCUGAGAGCCGGGUAAAAUCAUCGACACACAAUCAAUG